CUACGCUCCCACUGACAUUGAUAUUCGUCUCGAAUCUUACUUGUCUACGUUGCCGGCCCAAGCCACACCACACCCAGUUGGGUUAGCGCCACCCAGCCUGCGACCCUGCGAAUCCGCCAGACGUGGUUCGCCGAGCCCACACCGCCUGCCACUAGCGCCCAGCCCCGCUUUAUUUUUUUCUGCCUGCGAGAGAAAAGUAUAUGUGCGACGGCCUGCCUCUGAAAUUUUCUCUUCUUUCUUCUCUUCUUCACCCGCCUUACCAUCUUCUUUCUCUACACCGGCACAUCUUCUCCUCCAUCUUCUCUUUUUGAGGGCUUCUGAGGGCUUUGUGGGUUACUGAGGGCUACUUCGAUAUAAUCUUCAGCCAUGUCUAAGACCAAGUCCACCAAGGCUGCUGCCGUCAAGCCCUCCAAGAAGCCUAGCACCUCCGUCAAGGAAGGUCGCGUCACCAAGCCUGCCCAAUCUGUCAAGUCAAAGGGCAAGGAUAUCGCCAAGUCUACCGCCGAUAAGGUGAAGAAGUCGUCCAAGAAGUCGAAGAAGGAGCCUACUCCCGAACCCGAGUCAAGCGACAGCGAGUCCGACAGUGAGGACAGCUCCUCUUCCUCCAGCGAGGAGGAGGAAGAGACCAAGGCUCCUGUCAAAGCCGCCAAGACCAACGGUGCUGUUAAGCCCGCUGCUAAGGCUGCUGCUGAGAGCUCCGACUCCUCCGAUAGCAGCGAUAGUGACAGCGACAGCGAAGAAGAGGCCCCCAAGGCAAAUGGCGCAAAGGCUGCUGCCGUCGCUAAGCCUGCUGCUAAGGAGGACUCCUCUGACAGCGACUCUGACUCCGACUCCUCCGACUCCGACUCUGAGGAGGCUCCCGCUAAGGUGAAGGAGGCUAAGAAGGCCGAGGCUUCCGACUCUUCCGACUCUGACGCCGACUCCGACUCCGACGAUUCCGACUCCAGCGCCAGUGAGGAGACCGAAGCUCCCUCCAAGAAGCGCAAGGCCGAGGAUGAGGCUGAGCCCGUUGUCAAGAAGGCCAAGACUGAGGAGGAGGGCGUCAAGAACCUCUUCGUUGGCAACCUUAGCUGGAACAUCGAUGAGGACUGGCUCGCUCGCGAGUUCGAGGGCUAUGGUGAGAUCACGGGAUGCCGUAUCAUCACCGACCGUGAGACUGGUCGUGCCAAGGGCUUUGGUUACGUCGAGUUCGCGUCUGCUGAAUCUGCCGCCAAGGCCAAGGCUGAGAUGCACGGAAAGGAGGUAGACAGCCGUCCUCUCAAUGUUGACUUCAGCACUCCUCGCCAGAACAACAACGGCCCGGACAAGACCAACAACCGCGCCGCUCGCUUUGGUGACAAGCCCAGCAACCCAAGCAACACCCUCUUCAUCGGCAACCUGUCCUUUGAUUCUACCAACGACUCCAUCCACGAGGCUUUCAGCACCUUUGGUGAGAUCUCUCGGGUCUCUCUGCCUACCGACAGGGAUACCGGUAACCCCAAGGGCUUCGGCUAUGUUGACUUCAACACGGUCGAGGAGGCCAAGGCCGCUCUUGAGAGCAUGAACGGCUCUGAUGUUGAUGGCCGCAACAUCCGCGUGGACUAUGCCACUCCCCGUGAGGACAACGGUGGCGGCGGUGGUCGUGGAGGAGGCCGUGGAGGCCGUGGCGGAUUCGACCGUGGUGGUCGCGGUGGCGGUCGCGGCGGAGGUCGUGGAGGCCGUGGCGGCUUCGGCGAUCGUGGUGGCCGUGGAGGUCGUGGAGGAUCCCGUGGAGGAUUCUCUACCAACCGCGGCGGCUUCUCCGACUUCAAGGGAAGCAAGGUCACCUUUUAAAGUUUGACCGCCACUGUAUUUCACCCGAUAUCUUGUAAAUGAUUCCCGCUGAGGGUUGGUAAGUAAUGGACUGAUGCUCCAUGCGUCGUCAUGCCAUUUAUCUGGUUUAUAUGUGGACCAAGAUGAAGGAACGGACCAUGGACUGUAUGUCUCCUUGAUAUGGGCUUCGGCGUUACAGGAACAAAAGUAGUCUUCUUUUCCGGUUCUCGCAUCGUCUAUGAGGAUGAUGAACGGUUUACGAUAAUUGUAGUCUCUCAAUUCGAUUUGCU